CCUGAUAGUAGUUGUCAAACUUAUUUAGGUUAUGUGUACCGUUAACAACAAAGUAAACUUUGCAGGCUGCCCUGUUUGGCUCAGUGUAACAAUUACGCAGUGUCCAGGCCGUAUUAAAUCAGUGAUAACCAGUCUCCAUGUCAGCACCGCCACUGUUCCUGCUGCUCUACCUUUGAAGUCAUGAAAAGUGAAAGCGCAGUCCCACUGGAAUGGACUAGUGAGCUUACGAAGGCCUACUUGCAGGGCCAAGGCCUGGAGUCAGGCAGUUUGCGCCUGCUGUGCGACGACAAUAGAGUGGACGGGAAAUGCCUGCUAUCGCUCAACGAUCUGGACUUUACAUUGGAGCCGAUCAUCCGGCUGACACUCAGGGACCGCAAGUUGUUGUUUAUUGUGUGCAAGGCGCUGCAGAGGGACAAUCAUGAGGUGCUGGCCGGGCUGGGGGUAGUGAGUGAGACGCCCGAGUCCAGUAUUUUCGCGCAACAUCAUCAGCCCAAGUUUGAGAGCGAGUAUGGGGAUUUGGAGCACGUUUCCCCGACGCUGUCUGAGGACGGGCGCCCGUUGCGUUUGCCGCCCGAUAAAACCAAAGCUUUGCUGAGUUUCUGCUAUGUGGUGGCCGUCACUUGGAUCACUGCCUUUGUUAUGGUGAUUGUCCACGACAGGGUGCCCGAUAUGAAAAAGUAUCCCCCGCUUCCAGACAUAUUCCUCGACAAUGUGCCCCAUAUCCCUUGGGCGUUUGAUAUGUGCGAAGUCACUGGCACUUUGAUGUUCACCAUUUGGCUCAUCGUGCUUCUAUUCCACAAGCACAGGUUUAUUCUCAUGAGGAGGUUCUUCUCGCUUUCCGGCACCGUCUUCCUGUUGCGCUGCAUAACGAUGCUGAUCACGUCCCUGAGCGUCCCGGGGACUCAUUUGCAGUGCAAGCCGCGCAAUAACUUCCUCCAGGGCUCCACCCCUUUCGACAAUCUCACUAAGAAGCUGUCGCAGGCCUACAUUAUUUGGAGAGGCGCCGGCAUGUCUAUUCAGGGCGUGCGGACCUGCGGCGACUACAUGUUUAGCGGCCACACCGUCGCCUUGACCACCUUGAACUUUUUUAUCACCGAAUAUACCCCCCGAUAUAUCUACUACCUUCAUACGCUGUCCUGGAUGAUGAACAUGUUCGGGAUUUUCUUCAUUCUGGCGGCCCACGAGCACUAUUCCAUUGACGUGUUUGUGGCCUUCUACAUAACCAGCCGGCUGUUCCUCUACUACCACACCUUGGCCAAUAACCAGGCGCUAAUGCAGCGCGACUCUACACGCACAAGGGUCUGGUUCCCGCUGUUCUCCUACUUUGAGGCGAGCGUGGAGGGAAUAGUGCCCAACGAGUACGAUACGCCUGCCGAAGUCACCAGGCAGUUCUGCGGCUUUGUCAAAGAACUGCUAGUGGAUGGCUUCAAUUCGUUGGCUUCCAUUUUCCAAAGACAUGAAACUGUUGCUGCCGUGCAGUCCAACGCAGCUGCCAGCAGUAAGAAAACUAGCUGAGACCUGGGUAAUGGAUUAAUUUAUUUUUGUUGAA